CGUCCUCUGCCGCUGGGUCGCUGAUGAUGCCGCGCAGAGCGGAGCGGGUCGCUCGUACGUUUCGAUGUGCGGCCACAACCGCAGUUCCCAGAGACUGAAGUCGAAUGAGAGGAGGAGGAGGAGGAAGGGAGAGGAAGGAGAGGAAGGAGAGGAGAGAGAGAGGAGCUUUGAAAUAUGAUGAUGGAUCAUCCGAGCCGUUUCUCAUCGCUCGGACGGCUGUAACGUCGGCGGACACACGCACACACACAACCACACACAAGCGCGCGUUGUUGGAUUCAUCAAAGGUGAGAGUGCGGCUGUGAAUCAUCCUCCUUAUUCACCCUGGACCACUUUAUCCUCCUCAUCUGAUGCUGCUGCUGCUGCUGCCGAUGAUGAUGAUGAUGAUGAUGAUGAGGGUGAUGCUCUAAACGCAACCUGCGUGAUUUUCCUCCGGGUCGACGUUUAGGGGCUUCGCUUUGUUUGACAUUCAACCAGCAACAGGAUGAUCGAGGAAGGCAGUAAACGAGGCAAGGCCAUGGUGGAGAAGAGGCAGCUCUUCAUGGAAAUGAGAGCUCAAAACUUCGAUGUGAUCAGGUUGUCGACUUACAGGACUGCCUGCAAGCUCCGGUUUGUGCAAAAGAGAUGCAACCUUCAUCUGGUGGAUGUCUGGAACAUGAUCGAAGCCUUUCGUGACAAUGGGCUCAACACGCUGGACCACAACGCUGAGAUCAAUGUGUCGCGGUUGGAGACUAUCCUGUCUUCCAUUUACUACCAGCUCAACAAGCGGCUGCCCACCACCCAUCAGAUCAAUGUGGAGCAGUCCAUCGGGCUGCUGCUCAACUUCAUGGUGGCCACCUACGACAGUGAAAGCCAUGGGAAGCUGACAGUUUUCUCAAUGAAAGCCAUGCUGGCAACAAUGUGUGGAGGGAAGAUAGUGGACAAACUACGCUAUAUUUUCUCACAGAUCUCCGACUCGAGUGGAGUCAUGAUGUUUGCCAAGUUCGAUCAGUUUCUCCGGGAGGUGCUGAAGCUCCCCACAGCCGUGUUCGAGGGUCCUUCUUUCGGCUACACGGAGCACUCGGUGCGGACGUGCUUCCCUCAGCAGAAGAAGAUCAUGCUGAACACGUUUUUGGAUGUGUUGAUGGCAGAUCCUCCUCCUCAAUGCCUCGUAUGGCUUCCCCUCAUGCACCGACUUGCUAAUGUUGAAAACGUCUUCCAUCCGGUGGAAUGUUCAUAUUGCCGGAGCGAGAGCAUGAUGGGUUUCCGGUAUCGGUGCCAACAGUGCCAUGGCUACCAGCUCUGCCAGAGCUGCUUCUGGCGUGGCCAUGCCAAUGGUCCCCAUAGCAACCAGCACCAGAUGAAGGAGCAUUCAUCUUGGAAGUCUCCGGCCAAAAAGCUGAGCCACGCAAUCAGUAAAUCUCUAGGCUGCGUCCCCAUCGGAGAGCCGCCGCAUCCCGUGUUCCCCGAGCAGGCCGAGAGACCGCAGGAACUCACCCAUACUGUUCAGCCGAAACCAGUGGCCAACAACAUGAACGACACAAUGCUCAUGUCCUCUGGGACACCCACUCCUACCAAAAGUGUCUUGGAGAGUCCCAGCCGGCUAGAUGAAGAGCACCGCCUCAUCGCUCGCUACGCCGCCCGCCUGGCAGCCGAGGCGGGCAACUCCACACAACAAUGUCCUCCGUCAGACCUGAGUUUUAACUUUGAUGCCAAUAAGCAGCAGAGGCAGCUGAUCGCAGAGCUGGAGAACAAAAACAGGGAGAUCCUCCAGGAGAUCCAGCGGCUGCGUUUGGAGCACGAGCAGGCGUCUCAGCCGACCCCAGAAAAAGCCCAGCAGAACCCCACGCUUCUGACUGAACUGCGGCUCCUCAGACACAGGAAGGACGAGCUUGAGAGGCGCAUGUCAGCCCUGCAGGAGAGCAGACGGGAGCUGAUGGUGCAGCUGGAGGGGCUGAUGAGGCUGCUGAAGGAUGAGGAGCAGAAGCAGGCUUCCCAGUCCGGAGGCUCCCCUCAUUCUUCCCCCAGUCACGGCGCGGGCUGCUCCAUGCCCAUGCCCAUACGCUCCACCUCGGCUGGGUCCACCCCAACUCACACGCCGCAGGACUGCCUGGCAGGGGUGGGAGGCGACGUGCUCGAGGCCUUUGCUCAGGGUGUACCUAGAAAUCUUCGGAAUGAUCUAUUAGUUGCUGCUGACUCAAUCACAAACACCAUGUCAUCGCUGGUGAAAGAGCUCCACUCAGUGGAUGACGGCGGAGACGAAGAGGAGACCAACAUGAGGAACGGCGGAGACAGAGGCACAGUGAGAGUACCGAAGCACUGAGGAAAAGACAAACACCAUUCCACCCUGUAAGGACAUCCAGUCAUCAACUGGGAAGAAUCAGUAACAACAACAACAACAACAACAACAACAACCCCUGGCAUUAGCACGUAGAGUAAUGCAUGCUGUAAUCUAACAACAGGAUUUCACUAUGUGAAAAAAAAACAUUUUUUCACACCUUGCAGGUAGCAAGAUGUGUCUAAUUAGCGAGUGUGUAUGUCGUCCUGUAAACAAAAACUGCUGUAAUUACCCAAUGAGUUCCCUCAUGACUGCUAAGGAAUGGCUUGCUGUGCUUUCUCUUCCCAACUGUUCCAUUGCAGCAGAUCAUUCUGUAAAUAAAAAUACUGUAAACCACGGGAACCAUGACCCCCCCCCCCCUUGACAUGAAGGUGACCUCCCGUCACAAACACGUUCCCUGUCACUGCUUUUGUAUGAUUAGCGCUCUAGUGUUAUUCUUUUUUCUUUUUUGUAUCAUUCUUGCAUGAAGUUGCACUCCGUGUCCGGAUUUUAGGUACUGUACCAUGCUAUGCCAGCUCUUUGUGGGUUUAUGACGACAGCUGGGGUGUCAGAAGUGUCCUGCCUCAGGAUUCACGCUGAGUGUGUUUACUCGCACGUCAAUAUUCUGAAGUUUGUUAAAAAAAAAAAACUCACCGUGAAGGUGCCAGCCAACCAGCGACGGCUCCAGGAAGUCUUUGUGACCAGGCCAAGAAAUAGUCCAGCAUAUAAUACCUCCUAAAAAUUAAUUAAACAAACGAGAUGUGAUGUAUGGAGUGCUGAUAGCUGGAUUUUUCUUUCAAUAUGUCCAAAAACUUUUUGUUUUUGUAAUUCAUUUGAUUUGUAAAUCAAUAUUAUAUUAUAUGGUGUAUAGUUCAGUAGUUAACCUAAAGCUAAUAUCUUUGUUGUUGAGGGAUGUUGAGUGUUGAACUAUUUCUUGGCCAUGAUUUUGUCAUCUAACUCUCAACAGAUGAUUAUAAAAUUAUUAGUUAGUUGCAGCUUUCACCAAGUGACCGAACACCUCCUGCUUCCAGCAUCAUAUUAAUAUUUCUGUUCAUGUUUGCCGUGGUGUCUGGUUACAACAUAACCAGGAAUACCAGCAGCUGGUAUCCAGAAUAUUCGGUGCAUGUAAACACACUCACUGAGUCACACACUGUACUUGCUGCUACUGUGCUCUCAGUGAGCCACCCUUGCAAAUAAGAGGGCUGCGCGAUUAACAGAAACCAAGGGGCUACUACGAACACAACGAUGAGCCGAGUCUCAUCGUUUCUUUCCUCCUCCACCCCGGGGAAAACUCAACUGAACAUGCCUGACUAGCUGGUAGCCUCAGUAUUUAUUUCAAAUGUAGGGAAGCACCUCAGGAUGUUUAAAAUAGUGAAUAAUGAAGCUUAGGCACUGAGUUUUAGUUGAACACUUGUACAGUAUGUGAGGAUGUGAGGUCGUAGUAAGCAAGUAGGAAACGCUUUGAUAGCUUUAUUUAGUUAAUCAAGGAAUAUUGAACAUGUUUAUGUGCAAUGAAGGUCGGUGCUCAGGGACUGCAGAGCUACUCUAGAGAAAUAGUAACCCGACCUUUAACCGCUGGAGGUUAAAGGUCCGUGACGACUGAGAAAUGGUUUCAUUCCAGAAUAUACAUCCACCAUUUUUUACACAAAAUAGUCCUCGUGAGUUGAGAAUCUUAUUUCUCAUUUCAUCAAGUCAGUUUAUCUCGUUUUGGAAUGAAACUAAAGGUAAAGAGGGGAAAAACAACAGCAAGUGAUUAAACGCUGGGUAAAGAAUGUGGGUCAUUAGGAAGGAGAGAGGUUUUUCUAAAGUGCUAUUUGGUCGAGCAUGUUGUUGGAUAUGGUUCUUCUGUGUGUGUGUGUGUGUGUGAAUUUGUGUCUAAAGCAAAAGGUAGCUAUCAGCCAGAGAGGAUGUUUGUUUCGAGUCAGACAGAUUUAUCAGGUCUGAGUUACCUUUUACAUUUUUUAAUCUUCUGGUUCAAUGUUUUGUUUUGUCAUCUCAAAUGAAAAUGAGCAAUGUUUGCUUUUUUUUUCUUUUUUUUAAAAGUAAAUGCAAUGUAAUAAAGGUCUGGGAGCAGUUUUAGAGCGACGUGUUCAGUUCUCAAAGGAAGUCGGAUUGAACUGAAAAGCCUGGACAUUUGUUUUUUGUUUUUGUUUUUUGAGAUUUGUACAGUAAGCCUAUCCUAUAAGCUAAGUAUAAGGUUUCAGCAACCUGUUACACUGUGUCAAAAAAAAAAAAAGGAACAAAAAGAGGCUCCUCUGUUAUCGCCGUUCUAAAUGUGAUGUUUUCCUUCAGUUCUCUGUUCUGCUCUAUGUUAUCAUUAUUGUUAUUAUUCUGGUUUACAGUAUCUAGUGGAGUAUAGUCUAUGUAAUGAGUUUGUCGAAAUGCAGAUUCACCUCGCACACUCAUACUCGCACCCAGAUAUAAAUCCAAAAAAAAAAGUUAUUUCAAAUUCUGUGAUGGCUGCUGUCGAAAAAAAAAAUGUUUAAUUUUAUCACGCAAAAAAAUUCAAAUGCAGAGGUUAAAAAUGAAAAACUGUCUUCCCCUUUCAUUCAGAAGUUCGCUUUUGUUUUUGUUCUUUCGGUUCGUGCCUGUAGCUGUUCUGUAAAGUGCUGUACAAAGUAACCAUUCAGCAAAUAAGAUGAUCUAUCAGCCUUUAUGUCCGAGUUUUAGUCUGUGACUUUGUAGAGAUUUUUAUUUAUUUAUUAAACGUGUGUUCAGGGUGGAACCUGAUGCUCAGCCUUUACAUUUGUGCCAAACUGUUUGCAGACAUUGUGUGUCAUACAAAUUACAGGUAUAUAUCAAAGUAUAUCUGCAUUAGUAUGUUGUUGUUGCCCAUAGUUUAUUCACAGAAUGCCUGGAGAUGUUCACAGUUAAUGUUUUCCACUGCUGGAAAAAAAAAAAAAAGAAGCUCGCAUUUCAUAGA